GAAAACCAGGGCUGUUCCUUCCUCUGUGCCGCUGCCUGCUUUCUUCGCUCGAACAAACAGCCUGCGAUGAAAUGAACUCUUCGUCUCUUCUUCCAUCGUGCGUGGAUUCCAUCCUUUUGAUAUCUUCAAUCAGCUUCUUUCUCUUAUCAUAUCAAGUCCUUCCUUCAGUUGUUACACUACUUAUCAAUCCAUCUCAGUUCUCAUGGUAUCAUGACAACAAAGACCCCCGACCACUUCCCGCCCAAUCAUGAACCCAUCACCAUCAGCUUUCGCAAGACUGCAUCUCUAGUCGGUGCUUUGGCAUCGUUGAAAGCGCUGCAUGCCGUCGUCUUCGUCUUCAAAGUGAAGCCUGAGAGCGUCCAACACGCCAUCAGCCGAAAGGAGCAUCGCAUCGUGGACAUUUCUCUCUCUGCCAUCCCAGACAGUCUCUAUCGACUGAAGAAUGAAAUCGACUUUGCUGCUUCCACGGAGGGUGCUCAUGCCCCGAAUAACACGCCCAGUGAGUGUGGUUGUAUGGAUAUCAAGGCGACAACCACGGAGGAAGAUAAGCCCUCGUCGUGCUUUCACAGCCCCAUCAUGCAGGUCUCGUCGAGUAUCUCGCCUGCGAUCCGGAUGUCGCAGUGUAUUCUGACGCCUUCUGCUGAUCGACCGAUGGAAUCCAUCCCUGCCAAUACUACCGGUCAUGCUAUCGACCCGGUGCAGAUUGCCAGUGAAUCCGUAUAUUCGCCAGUGGUGAGACGGAGUGAGACAGAGGGAGUGAUACAGUCUGAAUCGUCUGGCUUACCAGAAAAUACACCGAUUAUCCCCUCGCAGUAUGUGCAGAUUGUGCCAUAUAGCCAGAGUCGACGGUCCUCGCUUGAUUUCACCGAACUUCAGCUGUCGAAUGAUUCUCGAGCACGAAUGAAGGAUUUGCACUCAAUUCGAUCCGUGGAAAGCUAUCCGGGCAAGUUUCCUGUCAGCGAUGGCCUGGAAUUUAGUUCGUUGGCAUCUGCGCAGCAUCGACUGCGAGGAAGAGGGACAACGUCUGUGAGGCCUUUCUCGGAUAUGUAGAUGGGUUUGUGCUGGAUGUUCACUCUGUUUUCAUCAUUAAUGGGAUUACUGGAUAGUAUAGAAGGCAUGGUCAACAAAGCCAAUACACUGCAUUCGUUUGAUAGACUACUGUUCUU